AUGCCAAUGCGUCGGAUCACAGAAAAAUUAAGUAUGUCACAAAUACAAAAUAUUCCACAAGAGGUCAAAGAACAAUUUCAUUCACCAAGCAACAUGGAAGAUUUUACAAACGCAAUAUCGAAAAUUUCAUCAUCGGUAUCGAAAACGGUAUUAAUAAAGUAUGAAGAAUGGAUGAAAGAAUUUGGCUCAUCGUGAUCUUAUGUAUGAUAUUCCAAACUUUAUCAGAUAUAUAAAGGUUCUUAUUGUAUUGCAACCUCUCAUUCAGAAGUAUUUUUAAUUCGGAUCUUUUUGUACAUAAUUUGUUUUGAUGGCUCGUUUUCGUCUGGAAUAAUUUUUUACCUAUAAAGUGGCUGCCGAUCCUUGAUCAUUUUUCUGAUAAUUGUAAAUGGUAUAAAACAGUAGGAAAAUAAACGCAAAUGAGCGACUAAGAAAAAUGACAAUAUUAAAAAGUGAACAAGAAAUUCUUAUGCUUUGCACAGUUAACAGAUCUGCCUAACUUUAAGCGUAACGUUCGGUUAGCAAUAGUUCUGUUUAUCUCCUCCGAAACAAGUAAUUGCGAAUGAGAGGAAAAAUAUCCCUUGACAGUGAACAAAAAAAAGUCGUAUGUAGUUCAUUUUAUUUUCAUCAACAAACAACAUUUAAGAUUCUUGAAGUGAUCAGAAAUGUUCAAAACAGAUAUCGACGAUGUUAACUAACAUGUCUCGAGAUGGUGUGCGCUCAAGUUCUGUGUUGUUGAAAGAAGUACAAGAUUAACGGGAAAAAAAAAUAGUUUUUCAUUAAGAACCGACUAGUGAAUUUUAUUUAUUGAUCAGUUUUCAUACAAUUCAAAAUUUAUCAAUGUAAUACAUCAAACUCAAAAAUUUCACUUUCGUUAAAGUAAGUC